ACGCUCGCUCGUUGUUCUUUCUCCUCUCCUCCUCCUCUCGAUCUCUUUUCGCCAUUUUUAGGGUUUUGGGACACCCUCCAUUGGGAAGCACUUUGUGUUUCUGAAGGGUUCCUUGGAUUUAGGACCUCGUCGAUCCCUUCCUCGGUUCUAUUCUGAGGCCGGUUUCGACGUAUUCGGCCUUUGAUUUUUGUUCGGGUUUUGAGUUGUUUGGAGGAAUGCUGGCUGCCCAUGUGAGAUAUUUUGAGGUGAGGUAUUUCGAGUGGGAAGCCACAUCUACACCACUGUGCAGCUCAAUUGACAUGAUUGAAUCUUCUUCUUGGACUAAUAACCAUAGAAGCUUGCCUUGGGGGCGGGGUUCCUACCAUCUUAAGGAGAUAGUUGUCCUUCCGGUGGUUCCUUUGGGCCAUCUUGGUAUCGAUGCUAGCUAAGAGCAUGCGUCGAAUCUGUCCUUCGGGUGAUGCACCUGAUCAGAUUCUCUGCCGAUGCAUUCGGUUUGGUGACAAUUGCUCUUGUGUCAAUUGCUGCUUUCCUGGGUCUUCUUUGCAUCUAUAGUUCAAUCUACUUUCAGUUAUGGAUCCGAAGCAGGCAUUAUCUCCAGCUGAGUUAUUUUAAUGGACCAUGGUUUACUCGCAUUGUGCUAAUCCUAGUAGCAAUCUGGUGGGGUUUUGGGGAAAUUGUGAGACUAACUCUGCUGAAAGGGGAUGAAAGGCUCUUCACUUCUAUAAGAUGUCAGAAGGAUAUUUGCAAGUUUUACAUCAUCUCGAAUCUAGGGUUUGCGGAACCAUGCAUGUUCCUCAUGAUCACAUUCCUCAUACAUGCCUCAUUGCAAAAGCGGGAAUCUGGUACUCUGAGCCCCCGAUGGAACAGAAAGACAGUCAGUUAUGUCCUAUUCUGCUCUCUUCCAGUCUUCAUCAUGCAACUUUGCAUUGUAGUAAUCGGUCCUAGGUUCACGGUGCAGAAUGGUAACCUCAAAACUAUGGUGGCAAAGUUUGUUUUAAGCAGCUCCAUGAACGAGCAAGUCAGUGUAUGCACCUAUCCAUUGGGAAGCAUCGUGAUUCUUGGUCUUUUUUACACCAUUCUUGUGUUCUAUAUUAGUUGUGUUGGAGCCAAGGUGGUAUCACUCGUCAUCAACAAAGGGCUGCAGCGAAGGAUAUACUUGCUGAUAGUAUCAGUCAUGGUUCUCCUUCCCAUGAGAGUGUUACUUCUUGCAUCCUCUGUUCUGCCCCGCAAAGGACACCUGUUCUUCGAGUCCCUGAUAUUCACAUCCUUUCUCGCUGUGUUGCUCUGCGUCCUGAUUGGAAUUUCUAUGCUAGUCUAUUUCCCAAUUUCCGAUUCAUUGGCAUUGGGAGACCUUGGAAAUGUUGGACUUGAAGACAUGCCAUAUGAUGAUUACUUCAGGGAUGGUAAUGGUGGCGCGCCUCUUGUCGCCCAUCAAAACCACCAAGUGACCUGGAGGAACAACCCGGACUCAUUUACAAAGCAUGUUUCUAUAUCCUUCCAUCCAUCGAUAAAGGAUGAGCCUUUGGCAUCAGGCAGUGAAGAUUUCAACUCUGUCCCUAUGAAAUAGUGCACACAUAUUAUGGCUUCUCUCAUUUGCUUCCCAAUUCUGUGUCAACCUGUGUCUGUUUUCAACAAAGUGAAAAUUUUCCAAUUCUAAGCAAGUUUUACUCUUUUGCAA